AACUGAUGCCUUUUAACCCCGCCUCGCCCACCCUCUCCGCGGCUGGAAAACUCGGGGCCAGGCGAGCUUUCCCUAACGCCCGAGACCUAAAACGACAAGCCCCCGAGGAACAGACAGUCCGGGGAGCAGGUCUCGCUGCCGGAGCGGAACUAGAGCGGCUGGCCCAGGUUCUGGGCUGGGGCUCUCCGCCCAGCGCACACGGGAAGCCCUGGUCCUUCUGCCGGAUGCUGCGUCCCUUCCCAUCCUCUGCACGGGAGGCGGGUUGCUGCUGCGGGUGGCCGUGCUCCUUGCGGUUCCCUUGGGAGGGGCCUUCUGCUAAGGCAAAUAUGUUUCACCUUGUACAGCGAUGUUGUUCCAACAUACCUUUAAAACUCCAGAAGUUGACCCUUCACAGGCUGCUACAGUAUGGAAGGAAUAAGUCCAUUUGUUCUUCUCCUGCCAGUCUCCCUCUGCAGAGAGUUCUUUCCCGUCCAUCGGGACCUCAGCUCCUCAGCCAGGCCUCAGCCUGUGUAACUAAGGCCCAGGAAUUCCAUUGCUCCCUCCCCUGCUUAAAGAAAAAGAAACCACAAGAACCUGAACCCCAACAACUGGGGCUUCUGCGCCAUGAUAUGAAGUCACUAAAGGACUCACCAAAGCCUGCCUUUUACCUGGGCCUUGCAGGGUUGAUUCCAUUUGUUUCAGUGCCGGUGAUAAUGGCUAUCCAACACACCUACUACCCUGAACUGGCAUUUGCUCAAAUGACAUAUGGGGCCACUAUAGUCUCUUUUCUAGGAGGAAUCAGGUGGGGAUUUGCUCUCCCAGAAAAUAGCCCAGCCAAUCCUGAUUGGAUGAACUUGGGGAACAGUAUAGUUCCCCCUUUAUUAGCCUGGUUUGCCAUACUUUUUAAAGAUAACCUCAGUCAAGCUGCAAUCAUGGUGAUAAUUGGUUUAGGGAUAGCACUGCAUUAUGAUCUUGCUGUUCUUCCUACUUAUCCCAGCUGGUUUAAAGGCCUAAGGGUAUUACUAACAGUGGUGGCAAUAAUUUCAUUGGUCAUCACCUUGGUUCUUAUGGAUGUUUAUCCAGAGAAGCAGCUAAGUAACAGUGCAAGUAAAAGUAAAUGAAAGUGAAACAUCAUAAGCCAACAGACAAGAAUUUUUUUUUUCCCUGUCAAGCCACUGCAGAGUUUUGUAUGAAGUUCUAAGAGGAGCAAAAUAAACUGCUUAGCUUCUCUAUGCUUCCAGGAUUACAUCCAUGAGUAGAAAUCAGAAAACAGCAGCUUGCAAGAUGCUUACUUUGGGAGCAACCAGUUUCCAAGCAAGUUAAGCAAAGAAUGAUUUAUAGAUACAUUAUUCACUCUCUUUAGAUUGUUUUGAAGGCAGUAUGCAUCUUCCCUUAUUUGUACAGCAAGCACCCAAUCCUGACUGAGAUCUUUGGGUACUACUGUAAUAUACAUUUAAAUGUUUAGAAAUAGAUUGAACUGAUGUAUUAUAAAGAAUAAUCAUUAAAAUAAGGAUGGGUCAAGAGGCGUAAUUAUAAGGUGUGCCAAGUUCUGCAAUGAAGGAAUAAGGCCUUAGCUUUUGUAAACGUUAGAAGCCUUUUGGCUGAAAACCAUGGGAUGAAAGCACUUCCUGUUCCCACUGAAAAUGGAACAAUGACUGCACUAUAUUUAAGUUUGUAGACAAUUGGAAGAUUCAUGAUGUGCAAGGUUAUGAUAUGUACAGUGCUUUUUUUUUUUUUGUAAUGCUGUUUGUAAAUACCACACCUACACCCCCAUAGGACAAGCUUCUUCCCUGACCCCAAUUCUACUGAUGAGAAAAUAUACACGAAACAUAGUAAAUAA